AUGUUGCAAAAAAUCAAAUAUGAAACUAUUAACUAUGGUAGGUUUGAUAAGUUAAGAAAGAAAUUUUUAAGUCCUGAUUUCGAACCUGAAGAAUGCAAGGAGUUAGAAUUAAGUCACUAACAUUCCAAAGAGCUUCCAACAGCGAAGUGUUUUGAGAUAGUUAAGAAUUUAUCAGUCUUGAUUCUUUCGCAUAAUUAAAUUGCUCGAUUUGAUCCUAAAAUAUUGACUAAAGGAGCUCCUUAACUUGAAGUACUCGAUUUAUCUCAUAACAAAAUUGAAAUCUUGGAUGACAUUGUAGAUUUAGGAACUUUAGUUCAUCUUAAAAUUUUAGAGUUUUCUAAUAACCCACUAUGCAAUCAUAUUAGUAGGAUAAAUACUAUUAUUGAAUUAUUCUUUCCUGAAAAAUAUAAAAAGUAUGAUCCUGUUAAAAUACUUACUGCUAGUUAUUAGUAGCAUCCUCCUACUAGAUUAUCGCUAGAGGAAGAGGAGUAGAUGAAGAAAGAUUUAUAAGUAUUUUAUAAAUUUAAUGAAGAAUUAGAAGCUCAUGAAACUCGCAAGUCAGUGAGUAAAUAUAGUCACAGAAACACUCUUGCAAAAUAUGCUGUAGAACCUUGUCCUGUUCCUCGUAAGUCAAGAUUUAAAAAUUUGGAGUAUCUAAAUGGUUAAAUUAUUACGAAGCUAGAUAUGAUGAGAGCUUCUGGAAAAGAUAAGAUUAAGGAUAUUGUAGAGGAUGAGAAUGAAUAGAAUAAUUAAUUUAAGAAGAUCCCAAGAUAAAAUGAGGAGUUGCAUAAAAAAUAUCUAGAAAAGUAUGUGAAGAGAAUCAAAAAAAUGAAUGAAGAUAAUAUGGCUACAAAUGUGAGAAAUAUCAAGUAAAGUGGAGAUGGAACAGGUGGUGAGGAAGAUCUAAAGUAUCUUUCGAAAGUCGAUGAAGCCCUUUCAAGAGGAGCUGCAAGUACUAUAGAUCCUAGGAAAUAUGCUGCUGAUAUUUGGAAUAAACCCCUUGAUUUACUUUAUAAAGAUGCCACUUUCUCAAUAUCGAUGAAGGAGUACAAGCAAAUGCUUAAAGAUUAUGAAGUUGAAAAAAAGAAAAAAGAGGAGAAAAAGAAAGAAAUACAAACUGAAAAGCGUAAGUAAAGGAGGAGUAGAGUGAUUAAGAAGCUUCUCAAAGCAGGGAUAUAGCCAGUUACUGAUGAAGAGAUGAAACAGUUUGAAGAUGACAGUGAUCCUGAUGGAGAUAAUUUAUUUAAGUCAAAGAGGGGGAAACCAAGACUUAAAUUCGAUUUAAACAAAUUAGAGGAGAAACAAUACAGUAGCAGUGAAAGCGAACAGUCGGAAAGACUUUACUAAAGAGAAUUAAGUAGCUUUUCAAUAAACUCACCAAGAGAUAUAAAAGAUUUUGAAGAUUUUAAUUAAGAAGAUGAUGGUGUUACAUUUUAAGAAACCAUGGCUUAAGAAGAAGAAAGAAAGCAAAGAAAGAAAUACAAUUAUUAACAAUAAUCUGCAGACGUAGAUGUCUUAGAACUUAAGAAAAGAUUAGAUAAUACUAAGGCUAAAAAUCAGGCUUUAACUUAAAAAAAACCUUUUUAAAUUAAUGCUGCUCAAAAAAAACCUCAAAAGAAGGAAGAAGAUAAAAAAACUUUUAAAUAUACUUCGCCUUCUCAAGAAAAGGUAGACAAUCUUACAACUCAAUAAGAUAAUGAAGCUAAAAAUAAGCUAGAUCUUUCAUAUAACACACCAGAUUAAAACUAAAACCAAACAUCAUAAUAUUAAGAUGAUUUGUCAAAAUAAACAAAUGAAAAAAUGAAUCAAGCAAGUUAAUAAAAUUUUUCUCAUCCAGGAAUUGAAGCAGUUCCUGUCAGCAGGUACGAGUUCAUACAUAACAAAAAUACUGAAUAAGUAAAUAAAGAAGCUCUUAACAGCUACAUAAAGAAUUAGACUCACUCCUCAUUUAAAGUAACCAAUAAAAUUUUCUCAAACCACAAUAAGGAAAGGGAACAGCAGCAGAGGUUGUUCUCUGCUAAAGCAGAAGGAAGAGUAGGAUCAAGUAAUAUUUUCAAAAAAAAGAGAGAUAGAUCAAGCAGUUCAAGCUUGAGUGAAUCUGAAAAUAAACAAGCUGAUAAAAAUACAACUGGGAAAAAGUAUUUGUCGAAGUAAAGCACAACUUAUAAGUCAACUGGAGCACUAAGCACAAUUUAGAAAUCUUAAAGUACUCAAAAACAAAAUAACAUAACUGCAACUAGAAGUAAUUAAAGAUUACAGUCAUAACCUUCUUUGCAACCAAAUAAGCUCAAAGAAGAAAAAAAGGUUUAUAAAUGUGAUAUUCCAACUGAUUAGCUUGUUCCUACUGUGGAGUAAGGUUUUGAUCCACAUUUGAGAAUAGCAGCCCUUUAUAAUCCAGAAAAUGAAAUGCAUAAACAAAUUUAAAAAUUCAAAUAAAAUAUGGAGAAUUGUAAUUUGUUACAACUUCAGAUUUAAGAGUUAGAUAAAAAAGUUGGACCGAAUUUAUACAAAAAGAAGCCAGUGUCAUAGUUUGUUUAGACAAUUAAUUAUGAUGAAGCUUUCAAAUAUUUGAAAGACACUGUUAAAGACUUCAAAGUUAUGAACAGUAAUGAUCUAGCUAAUCACAUUGAAUAUAAAGUAACAAGAAAGAAAGUUGAUCCUAUGUCUAAGAAGAAGAUGUCUACUUUUGAGCUUUACACUAUCAUUAAUAAGGCAAAUGAUUAUGAUCAAAAAAUGGGACCUAAGUUGAAGGAGAAAGACAUUAAUGAAAAAUUGAGUUAACCACCUACUAGUCUUGAUUUUGAAGAGAGAAAUCAGUUGUAUAACGCUUUAGAAAUAUUAGAAGAAAUAAAACUGAAGAAGAUGAAAAUAAGUAAAGAACACUUGAGGAGAAUCGAAAAGAAGGAAAUAGAAAGAGCCGAGCACGAUGCUCGUUUAGCUUACCAUUACUAUAAGCUAAGAAAUCACAUAGAUGACGGUAAUCUUGAAAAAUAUCUUAAGAGACUCAAUAUAGGACUAGAUGGUAAAAAUGAUUAAGGCAAAAUUUAAUUCAAAAAGAAGAUGGGCAAAAAGAAUGAUAGUUAGAAUUUUGCACUCAUGUACGAUGAAACUAAUGUUCCUCAGUAUUACAACAGAAAUAAAAACUUAGUAAAUAUCAAUUUUGUUUUAAAUAAAUGCUCUAAAUUAAGCAUAUAUAUUAACUUAAAAAAGUCUGAAGGAGAUAAGAAGAAAGAAAAGAAAGGAUUUGUUGGACACUAUGAAGAAUUAAUGAAAUUAAAGAAAGAAAUAAUUGAACCAAGAGAAAUUCCCGAAGUUAAUCUAACAGGAUUCAUUUUAGAAAAAUAUCCAGAUAUUAAUGAAUGGGCUAACUCUCGUUUAUACGUGCCAUAACCUAAACUCACAUUCGAAGAUUUAAUGGAGUAAAAUGAUAGAAAAAUAAAAGAUGAAUUCUAGAAGAGUAGAAAUAACAAAGUUUUGAGCAUAGAAGAAUAAAUGAUGAAAUAUGCUUAGGAAUUCAAAGAAAAAGAAUAACAAAGAGAUGAGCUUAGAAAACGUAUUGAGGGAUAUGUUAAGAAUGGUACCAAAAUACUUGAUGAUUUCUUAAAAUAAGAAAUGUUUGAAAUAGAUAAGCGUUACGAUCUUAAUCACUGCAUGAAUGAGUAUAUAAAGCUUAUGAGAGAAGACAAAUUGCCAAAAAGAAUUCCUGCUUCUCAAAUUAAAAAAAAUGUUUAGUGA